AAAGGGGGCGUGGCUGGAGACCAGAGGUGGCAGGUUGCUAGCCUCCGGGACCGGACUUCCGAGCGCUUCUAAUCUGUCCGGGCAUUUCCAGUGGCUGCACGCCUGGCAGUUCUCGGGGUUGGUCGCCACUGUCAGUGAAGACAGACUUGGGGAGAAUCGUCGCCCCGGGGCAGUGCGAGGCUGGCGGCCCGGGGCCCCUUGAGCUUGCGCGCUUGGCUGCUGCCUUCGCUGCUGGUACUGUGGGGACUGGGACCCCAGGCCGCAGCAGAGAGUCCAUGGGGGCUUCCAGUGGUGGAGGAUGGUCCUUCUUCCUUUGCAAAGAUGUUGAUGGCAGAACUGGCCCAUCUGAAGGUAGACAACAAACCAUGGUCUAGAGGGACACACUCCCUUCGCUACCACUAUCUGUGUCUGUCAGAGCCAGGCCCAGCCCUGCCCCAGUUUCUGGUCAUAGGCUAUGUGAAUGACCAGCCUUUCAUCCGGUUCGAUAGCCGUGAGGGCAGGGCCAAACCCCAGGCCCUGUGGAUGACACCCAUAGACGCCCAGUACUGGGAGAUGGAGACCCAGAAGCAUCAGGCCUGGGCGAAGGUGCAGCAGGUGGAGAUGUGGACAGUGAUGGGCUACCACAACCAGAGCAGCGGCACACACAGCGCCCAGAUCAUGUUCGGCUGUGAGAUCCAGGAGGGCGGAAUCUCUAGCAGCUUCUGGCAAUAUGGCUAUGAUGGGCAGGACCACCUGACACUGGACCUGGAGACUCAGAGCUGGGUGUCCGCCAAUUCUGUGGCCUGGAAGACCAAGCGCUGGUGGGAGAGGGAACCUUGCUAUGCUGAGUAUAACAAGGCCUACCUGGGCAGCCUCUGCCUCACCUCCCUGCACAAAUACCUGGAGCUGGGCGGCCUUAACCUCACCCAGAGAAAGCCGCCCACAGUACAGGUGACAAGGCACUUGGCCCAGGACAGGGGCACCACACUGAGGUGCUGGGCACGGGGCUUCUACCCCCGGGACAUCUCUGUGAGCUGGUGGCUGGGCGAGGAAGAGCUGAGCCAGGAGACCGAGUGGGUGGAGACGCGGCCCAGCGGGGAUGGCACCUACCAGACGUGGGCUGCUGUGCGGGUGCUGCGGGGGAUGGAGACUCAGUACAGCUGCCAGGUGCAGCACUCUGGCCUGAGCCAGGCACUGACUGUGGCCUGGGAAUUACCCUCUUCUUCUGGGCUCAUUACCACAGUUCUCUUCUGCAUCCUGGCCACUGUCUUGCUUGGGGUUGGAAGCUUGGUCUUGGUCAGGUGGUAUCAGCAAGAUAGGAAUAAGGACUCUGAUUACCAGUUAGCCCCAGUUGACAAUGGAAUGAGCAGCUUGGAAGAGGCAGUCCCACGUGCUCCCAAGCCUGACUGUGAUUGCUAGGAACACAAGAUGGUGGCUGGGUGGUGGGGCUAUACUGCUCUCAGUUCCUCCAUAUAUCAUGGUCCUGGGGGCAGGUAAUGGGGUGGGAGCAUUAUGAGGUCACCUGCUAGCAUAGUCCUUUGCUUAUGUUGUUAUAUUAAUCCUCAAGCUUGUCUUCAUGGUCUCCUUUGUACUUCCUCCUGUGUCCUCACAGCCUUUGGGACAUAGGAGUCACUUUUUACCUUUUUCUACUGAAUGAUUCAAUACAUUGAAAUUUUAUAGUUGAUCUA